AUGCAGUAUGACUUUAUGGAGGAUGCCUGGAUACAAGAGUUACUUACACUUUCUGGUUUUAGUCAAGAUCCCCCAAGCCAUUUCUCGUUUAUUCCUCCAAGUACACAGUAUUUGAUUGCUUGGGGUCAGAAAUUGUUUGCUUUUGGAAGACUUAAUGGAACAGGGAGUGUUUUUAAGGUGAAGAGACAAGGACAUCUCUCCGACUUUGCUCUUAAUGUCAAUGAAACUAUAGUGUCUUUGAUAACAGGUGGAAAUGGAGAUUUUGCUCUGCAGAUGUCAAACAAAAGGUUAUUUUAUGGAAGAGCAUUUGUUGAACAUGUGGUUGAGAUUUUUCCAGGAGAAGACCCAUCUUCAAAUUUUACAGUGAUGUUUGAUAUAUUCAGUUCUUUGCUGCUGAUUACAAGCAAUGGGGGCAUAGUUAAAACAAGAAAGCUGCCUCUGGCAAAUGAAGUAUUGAAUGCAGUAUUCCCACAAAAAUCAUGUCCUUAUUUAAAAUUCACUACUAGUGUCAGUCCAGAGUUGUAUUUCAUGGACAAGGGAGAUGAAACAAAGGUCUGGGCAGUUCUUAUUUAUCCCAGGACAGAACCUAAUGACGUCAGGCUGGAAAUCUCCAGUGUUGAUGUUCUCCAAAUCACCAGUGAAGAUCAUGUGGAACACUAUAAGGGACUUGUGACACUGAAUAAGACUUUUACAUUCAGAUACAACUUUAGAAAUGGAACUUCAGUGCAAAAAAACUCCUACAAAUCAACUGCAGUUGCUGUCCAGCUUUUGCCAAAGGUUGGAGAAUUGUCCUGUGAAAAUAGUCUCCAGGUGCUACAUAUUCAUGUUGGGUGUCCGCCACUCAAGAGCAUUGUGAUAAGGAACUGUACUUCAUCAACUGGUGUGGAGUCUGCACCCCUCUUAUCCACGGUAUGGUAAACAAUUCAUGAUUAUGGCCAAAAUCCCUGCCGUUUGAAUGCUGCCAUUUAUGGAAAUAUCAAGCUAGUGGUAGAUCUAUACGAAGGUGACAAGUUCGUGGAAGAGGUGCGCACUGAUUAUGUAGUCUGGGAAGAAACAGGCAGAACAGACUAUGGAUACACUGCAACCAUGAGUGAGGUCAGGUGUUUAUCUGAAGCCCAAACGUUGAGAAAACUUUCGGAAAAUACCUCCGAGGAUUUAAACAGAAUCUGGACACAAAAUAAAUAUCAAAGUUGUUUUGAGGUCAGUAACGAUGGCAAGACGUUUGAUGGAAGUCAACCGUAUGAGAUUCUUAACUCCUCAGGAGUCUCUCAGCUGGUGUUUCAAGGUUCAGGAAGCUUUCACUUCCAACUCAGAGUUGUUGGAAACCACUUGAGUUUCUGUGAGCUGACCUCACGGUUCUCGGUACAGGUAACAGACAGGGAAGGGAAAAAUUUCUUGUCACAAAUUGCGUCUGUUGCUGUGGUGACCCUCAUUAGCACAGUGCUUCUUUACCUAAACUUCGCAAAGUAUACUAAACGGACACUGAACAGACAUCAGGCAGAUGAACAGGAACAGCAAAGACUACAGGAACUCAAGUAA